CUUUCAUCGUUUUCUCACACACUUUCAUUCCAUUCUGAUUCUGUUCUUAGUUCUUAACUAAAGAAACCAAAAAAGUUAAAAAAAAAAAAAAAAUUAUUAAAAGAAUAUUUGAUUCUCUUGCAUAAGCUAAUGUGAAGAAGUGAUAUUUCUGUAAUCUUCACGGCUAUAUCCAAAAGGGUUCUUGGAUUUUCACAGAUUGGUUUGGAACAGCAGCUUGACAGGUACGGUAUGCAAGACAUCCAUUCAAUCGGAGGAGGCAGGUUAUAUAGUGGCGGCGGAGACAGGCGGCUACGCCCCCACAACCACCAGAACCACCAGGCACUCAAGUGUCCCCGCUGCGACUCACUGAAUACCAAAUUUUGUUACUACAAUAACUACAAUCUCUCUCAGCCUCGCCACUUCUGCAAGAGCUGCCGCCGCUACUGGACCAAAGGUGGCGUCCUCCGUAACGUGCCGGUGGGCGGUGGCUGCCGCAAGACCAAACGUAACUCCAAGCCUAAACCCUCUUCAGACUCCUCGGCACAACAAAUACAAACACAAGCACAAAUUCCAGCACCGGCUUCAGAAAGAGAGCCUAAGAGCAAUUCUCAUAACUCCAGUAGUGAAAGCUCGAGUCUCACUGUGACGACGAAUAAUACAAAUGUUGAAGCAGUGUCCGUACAUUCUUCGAGUUCAGUGUCGAACGUCUUGAGUAUGAAUAAUGAUUGCAAUCUUUUCGAUAAUAAUAGCAACAACAACAAUAAUAAUAAUAACAACGGUGGUGGUUUUGACGGUGCAACAACGACGACUACUUUGCUGGAACACGGUUCCGAUUGUGGUGGGAUAUUUUCAGAGAUUGGGAGCUUCACGAACCUGAUUACGUCAUCGAGUGAGCCGUUGUCGUCGUUUGGGUUCAGUAAUUUAAUGAAUGCUCAACAAGGAUUAGAGAGUCAUCAUCAGUGGCAGCAGCAAGAACAUCAGCCGAAGAUGGUGAGUGGUCACAUGGGAGGAGGUCAAGAUCAUCAUCAGUCGAAGAUGCAGGAGAUGACGACUGGGUUGCUUGAUCAGACGGUGCAGGCUGAGUUAUCGGCACUGCAGGAUAGAUCGGGUAAUGGAGGAUUUGGAUCGUUGGAUUGGCAUGGAAGUGGUGAUCAAAACUUGUUUGAUCUUCCUAACGCUGUUGAUCAUGCAUCUUACUGGACUCAAACUACUACCCAGUGGACUGAUUAUCUCCCGUAAAUCUUUUACCUUUUUUAACUAAAAAAAAAGUUUCUUUUUUUGUUAAAAAAACAACUCUCAAAAAUAUCAAACAAAUUAAAUCCAGAGAGUUAUAUGAAAAUUGAAAAGUAUCAAUAUGACUGCUUUCUAUGUAAAUUUUUUUUUUUUUUUUUUUUUUUUUGGGUUGAUUUUGGAAGUUGUUUGGGUUUG